AUGGCGAGCAGGUCCCGAAAAGACGGAAGUGGGUUCUUAACGGGUACAAACAGUACUGGGCUUACUGAUACUAUUAGUAGUGAGCGUAUCCAGUUUACUGAUUCGUUGACCAACGAAGAAAUCGAGAAACUCAUCAAUGAAAAGCAUUCUCCGGAGGACAACACUGACUUUGCUGUUGAUGUCCUUUUAACGAUCACUGAGACCAUCAUUGAUCAUGCAACCCGUGAUUCGUUGGUCAGUGAUAUUCUGAAGGAUGCCAAUGCCCCAUAUGAGAAGGUCCCCAGCAUCAACGACAGCUUCAUCUCGCCAUUGUGCAUUCUUAAGUCCAUUUGCUGCGAGAUCUCAUCAUGUAAGGAUAGGGCUCGUUCUGGUGAAGAAAUUUCCAUCCAAAUAAGGAGGGCAGUGAUAUUUGACAAGCUAAAACCCUAUCCAUGGGAGGCUAAGGCAGUGCUGGCCCUAGCGGCUUUCGCUUUGGAAUAUGGAGACUUCUGGCACCUCGCCCAGCUCUAUGGUCAAUGUAACCAACUUACCGAUUCAGUGACUACACUGAAGCGAGUACCCGACGUUAAAGCGCCCUUGAAGAAACGCGAGGGGGAAGUACUUGAGCUGAAUCGUCUCAUCAAGGAUACUUUGGAAGUGACUCGUUUGAUCUGUAAGGUUGAGGCUCUUUAUAUUCACAAUCGUACAGAGGAUGCACCAACGUUGUACGCUGCAGUAGAAUGUAUCCCGAUCUGUGUCUUUUGGACAAUCACAGCAAUUGUAGCUUGCGCGGCUAAGGUCACCGAUCUCACUAGUGAUGAGGAGAUGCCACACGAUCUACCCGAUGUUGUUCCAAAAAUCGAGCGCAUACGGGAGAAACUUAACAAACUGCAUGGAACAUGCGUAAAAGAAAUAGAUCUGGCAAAGAGCUGCAAGAGGCUGCACAGGAAAAUGGUGGACGCCCAACGCACUCUUAAGAUUACGGAGGUUAUUAACACCCUGAUUCUUUUCACGGAUAACGGGAAGCUACCUGUCAUUAGUGUGGGUAGCAACGAGGAGGUUAAGUCUGAAACAUUUGCCGAAUUGGUAAAGGAAAACUCUGUGUUGUUUUACAUUUCGAGCUUGGAGAACAUUACGGACGAUGACAUUUCCGAUCUGAUACAAGUUUAUGAUGAAAUUCAAAAAAAUAAUAGAAAAUGGAGGAUGGUGUGGAUCCCCAUUGUGGAAGACUGGACGAAAAACCAGAAUGAGAAGUUUGAGAAAUGGGGAUCGAAGAUGCCAUGGUACAAGGUGCGGUUUCUUUCUUCAAUAGUCAUCAAGUACCUCGAGCAGGAAUGGUCCUACACGGGUAUUGCAAUGUCCAUGGUGAUGGACCCACGAGGGCAGAGGCAAUUCCACAAUGCACUCGACUUGAUCCGGAGACAUAAAAACAAAUUCUUUGAUAUCCUUGACCUGAACGUUUCAGUCAUCGAGUCUAUAUUUGGGAAUAUGAAGAAUAAAAAGCUAGAAGAGUGGAGCAAAGAUGACACUAAGUGCAUUUUCUUAUACGGAGACAUGGAUGAGUCGUGGAUUAACGAGUUGAAAAAGAAAGUGGAGGAAGCAAAGGAUACCAUCAAAGAUUUCGGUAUGUCGAUUGAGUUACAUAGAGUGGAGGGAAACGAAGCAAAAGCACUUUGGUCGGGGAUAGGGAGCUUGUUGACUGAUUACUUAGGUCAAGUGGAGUACAAGACCGUGAAAAAGGAACUCUGCCAGCUACUGUCCGACAAAAAUCAUGGGGAAUGGGUUAUAGUUAGCCAAGGGUAUGAUCUUAUAACCAGUGGUCAUCCUGCCACAAUUUGUGAUGUCCUAAAAAUUAUGUCACAGUGGAAGCAAGAUGAGUCGAAGACAUCACGUAAAACAUCCACAUUCGGAAAUUAUUUCCAAGAAGACCAUAAGACCAUAACUCAAACUAGUGAUCACAACUACUGCUGCGAAUUUAGCAUUUCCGGGAAUCCCCCCAAGAACUUGGACUGCCCAGUCUGCGGCCGUUCCAUGAAAACCACCCCUAUCAUCAGGUACAAGUGCUGCCACGGUGCCACCGAAACUAGUCAUUGACACAAUCACCGGGGAACCAGAGUGUUGUGUGCCUGUGUGUUUCUUUCUCUUUUUCGUUUGCGUUGUGUCUUGAAUAUAAUAAUGUAUAUACGUGACCUGUGAGGAUUAAGUACAUACUAAAUGCAUGUGUUUGCACAUGCGGGAGUCCUUAAUAUGAACAAUAAUGGGCAAUUUCAUUACGUUGGUAAUG